AUGUUGGAAAAGAGACAGAAGCAGAAGCAGGUACCACACCCAAAGCAGCAGGUACAACUCCCUGUCCGGCCGGAGCCUGAGCGGCUGCCGUGCCCACGUUGCGGCUCCACCGACACAAAGUUCUGCUACUUCAAUAAUUACCACUAUACUCAGCCGCGGCAUUUUUGCAAGACCUGCAAGAGGUACUGGACCAGGGGCGGCAACCUCCGCAACAUUCCCGUCGGCGGCACCCCCAAGAAGGCCUCCAAGCGCCCCGGCGGCGGCGAAUCCUCAUCCUCCGGCAAGCGCCAGGCGCCUGCGGCGACGCCGGAAGCCGGAGACACCGGCGGGGGAGGUGGGGUCGGGGUCGCGGCGGCCGGGAGGGUACCGCCGCCGCCGACGACAGAGGAGCGGUUCGGGAGCGCCGGCGGGAGCCUCGCGUCGGUGGUGGCCGGCGCCGUCGGGUUCGGGCAGCCGGGACUGCAGAUGGAGGACUCGGGCGCGGGACCAAGCGUGGAUCCGCUGGCCGGCGUUGUUCCGGUGGAGUUUCUGGAGGUGGGCUACGAGGACGACGGCGUGUGGUGCGACGGCGGAGGGUGGCCGGAUCUUUCUAUGUACCCGCCGGGGUCGAAUUAUAUGUGA